AUGGAGACUCUCUGGGCACGUCUGAACCUAAUUUCCCCCGCUGCUCAGGGAAUGUCAUCCCCUUAUCGACAGGAAUGUCUCGAUUUUCAGAUGAAUGAUUCCAACUUCUGCAAGAUGAUCCGCAUGAAAAGGACCCUUUGCCGUAAAUACAAGCAGGCAAAAAAUUGCAUCGCCGAAAGUAAAAAGGCUUUCAACAGACUCAAUGAAGCAGCACCCACCAAUUUGAAGACAGAAUGGUUGGCCAACGAGAUGAUUGCUCAAUCCAGCAGAAUAAAUGAUCCUGCGGCGAUGGAUGUUUACGAGAUAAAUAUCAAGAAGGCACUGAGCAAAAAGGAUAUUGAACUUAGACUGCUAGAGCAGGGUAAUGCCUGUAAUGUAGCACCAUCUCAGAGAUCUGUGGCAACAUGGAUAUCUAUGGGGUUGGCAAUUGAGGAGGCUCAAAUUGCAUUGCUCAUCGAGGUCCGAAGAAUCGGAAAACAAACUACAGAGAGACAGAGAUUAGACCUCGCCCGGCAACAAGAUCGUCUCCAAGGCCAGAUAGAUGGAUUUACGCGUUCUGCUGUCACACAUCUCGGAGAGGGAUUCGAUGGAGAUGACAAUCAUGACGACUUGAAUGUAGACAUCCUAGAUGAUCUCGAUGAUGACCCGGAAGAUUUUACCAAGACAUCUGAUACAUAA